AAUUAUUAUUCCUUACAGCUUCUUCAAAACAACUGCAAAAAUAUCGUACAUUUUGCCAUCUGUUAAGAUUCAUAAUUUGCCAUACGUAUAUCACUAUAUGUGUUUAUUAUUCGAUUAAAAAUAAUCUAUUCAGAAAGGAGGGAAUCAAACUCCAAUUCAAAUGCAUUUUUAAUAGCUUUAGAAAGUGUUAUAAAUAUUCAUAUUCACUCCUGAUACAGUUUAAUACUCCCACUAAAAAAAGCUUUAUAUUGCCCACAUGUUCUCCCUUUUUAUAUGGACUCAGAAGAACUAAAAUUUAAGUUGUUAAUCUAAAAAACACAAAUAGCAGUAAUCUUGGGCAAAAUCGGUAUAUAUCGAGGUGUGUCACUUUUAUAGUCAUUUAUCUUGAUUCAGAAUUUUACAAAGACCUAUUUUUAUUUCGUUUAUAAGAUGUAAUAUCAUAGAACUUAAUUUUGAUGCGUUUCUUUUAAGAGCAGUAAAAAUUUCACGAUAGUCUUUUUAUAUCUUUUUUCCCCCACCAGAUGGCACAAUAAUCCCAUUCAUGAACAGUUGCCAUAGUAACUCAAAGACGCCAAAAUUCCGUAUGGAGCUUUAAGUUUUAGUUAUGGAGGACGAUUCGAUAAUUGAAAGCGAGCAAAAACCGGACACCGAAAGCGAGGGCACCGGAACUUUUUUUGUAUCUCAUGUGUUACCGAUUGAAGCUGAGGAAGAAUUACAUGCGGAGACGAAAGAAUCUGAGGUUGAAGGUGAAGAAGAAGUAGGUUAUGAAAGUGAUGAGGAAUUGUGCACCUACCAGCUGGGACCUAGUGCUACGCUCAAAUCAAGUAGCAUUGUAAAUAUCGCCCGGCGCAUUCUGCAAGAGUAUCUACAGGAUAAAGAAUACUGCUCUGAUAUGAAAGAUAUAGUAGCCCAGAUAUCAUCUACUAUUCGCGAAGAGGUAAAGCACAUGGGAUUAGAUAGAUACAGAGUUGUUUGCCAAGUUACAGUAGGAGAGAAAUGUGAUCAGGACAUUAUAAUGACGUUUCUGUGUUUGUGGAAGCAUGAAUGCGAUCAUUACGCUAUUGCUACGUAUGAUAAUGCUAACAUUUUUUCUACAGCCAUAGUUUUUGUUAUAUAUAAACAGUAAACAAACGUUUCUCUGUUUCUGGAAGCGUGAAUUCGAUCAUUACGCUACUGCUACUUAUGAUAAUGCUAAUAUUUUUUCUACAGCUAUAGUUUUUAUUAUAUAUAAACAGUAAACAAACGUAACUGGAUUAAAAUUACUGUUUUACUUUUGGGAGUGGUAAUACAUUUCACUAUUUGUGUAAGUACGAAACUAAAUUGAAUAAUGAAAAUUAUAAGCAGUUAUGGUAUUUAAAAAAUUAUAUAUAUAAACUGCAUGCUUUUCAAUAAAAUGGCUAGUAUUUGGUUUUGCUAGUAGACAAAAGAAAUUUUAAAUUAUAUGUGUAAAUAUUAUAGUGGUUUUCAGCAUGAAACAAGAAAUUUAGAAUGCCCUCAGUUUCAAUGGGGGAGGGUGAAUUCUGCUCCAUUUUUAACAUUGUUUUGAAACUUCUUUUCUAAAUCUAGAAUUCAGCAAAUCUAACGCAAAAAUUAUAUGUACGGUAUAUAUUAACGGUAUAUAUAUGGCAGUUAAAAACAUUAGUGUGAAUUUUCGAAAAUAGUGUUAGAAACAAUAGACAGAAUUCAAAAUUUGGCUGAUUUUGAUUUAUUGGAAAAGCUCUUCAUUGAGAGAAUGUAACAGGUCUUUCUUCUUUAACAUAUGAAAAUAUUCUGUUGACACCUUCAAGAACUGAGUUAUAUUGUUUCAAAACGCAUAUAUCUUGUUUUAUUAAAUUAAUGCAAAUCAUAAUAGAUAAAUUUAUUUUGCUUAAUUUAUUAAAAAAAUUUUUUUUAAAUUAAAGUUGUGCUUUAUUUUUAUUUUAUUUUAUUAUUAUUUUUUUAAGUUUGACGAUCAUUGAAAUUAGUACCAAAUUUUGAUAUCCCUUUAUGUAUUUACCUAUUUUAAAAAAUUUAUUAUAUUUUUUCGAUUUUAAAACCCCUAUUUAAGGUGUAGCCGACGAAAUGAAGAAUAAUUUUAUUCUUAACGGGAUUAAAUAGAUAGCGUAAAACAUGGAAAUAUAUCUGUUAAAUAUACAGGGUGUUUAUAAAGCCCCGGACCCACUUUGAUGUUUAAUAACUCAUAAAAUAAUAAAGAUAGAUUAAAAUUAAUAACAUGAAUGGUUAGAUAGACUCAAAAAGUUU